UCUUUCUCAAUUAUAACUUUAUCAAUUGAAAGUGCCAAAGAAAAGGGGAAAAAUAAUUAAGAAAUCCACAUGAUUUUAAUAAUACCUUUAAUUUAAAAUAGUUAGCGUAAAAUGAUUAUUUUGAAAAUAUUUUUAUUAACACUAAUUGUAAAAAUAUGUCUCACGGAAUUUGUACAAGUAUUCAAUCCCUUUAACCCGGCAACAGCACCCUUGGUACCAUUAUGUCCUUUGCCACAACAACAACAUCUAAUGCCACCAUUACCACUUAAUGUUUCACCCGCAAAUAAUACAGCCGAGAAAAGACCUAACGAUAAUAUUCAAUUUAUUUUACCUUUCAUGGACAUGGAUGUACAAUAUGAUCGUAAUAUUUACGUUAUGCAAGAGGAGCAAAAACAACAAAUUUAUAUAUUGCAUGGCCACGAACUUUAUCAAAUGUUUAUUGGACGUCAAGAGAAACGUUUAAGUUUGUUGGGUGUUUUAGAAGGCAGUGUACGUCAUGUGGAACCUUUAGGAGCCAAGAUUAUCUAUUGGCAUGGUAAUCUUAUAUUGGUCAUAGCUUUGGAUGAGCAUUUAGAGGUCUAUCAAUUGGCCGAGGAGGUUCUUUUACAGCGUGCAGAAAUUGCAAAAGAUCCUGCUAGAAUGCAUGAACCGGCUCCGAUAUUUGAAGCCAUACAACAAUUGACAUUAACUGGUAGAUUUCAAAAAUUAUUUUGUUUUCUCCCCGAGGAGAGAAUCAUGAUUGUGGCAGCCGUUAAUUUUACCAAGUUGUAUGGGAAAUAUAGAACAUUUGAAUGGUUUAAUACUUACUUUGAUCCUAUUGAAGAAAUAACUGUUCCAGCUAUACAUGUGGUAAAUGUUAUUGGAGCAUCAACAAAGUACUUGGUCACAGGACGGGCUAUCAAACAUCAAAGCAGGACCAUAUUAACAGUUUACGAAAUAACUCCCUCUACACUGCAUCUUCAAGUCAAACAAACUCUGACAGUACAAUCUCGAGUAGUCCACAUUUUCACAUACCGCCAUCGUAACAUGAUCGUGGCUUGUUCGAGUAAACAACAGAAAUGUAGUUCUUUUCGUCAAAUGCCCGAUGGUCAUUUUAGCGUUUAUCGACAUCGUACUCCCAAAGAAUUUGCUUUUGAUCUGUUGUCUUCAUCAUCGAGAUUUGUGAGUGCUACGCGACAAAAUCAAGUAAUGAUAUUUACCAAUCAUCGUUUAGACUGUUAUGGAAGUUUUAUAUCUGAUCAAAUGGAAGUUACUAACCUGUUGGGUCAUCAAAAUGCGGAUAAAGAGGAUUAUGUGUUGCUCAUUUAUAAAAGACCUUUUAAAAUGUUAAUGCGUAUAGUGGAGAUGGAGAUAAAUGUCAGAGAUUUGGCUACAGGAAAUCAAUCUGAACCGGAAGAAACUUUAGCUUCAACUCGCCACCAACAUCUAUUUGAAUCUACAGUUGGUGAACUACGUAGUAUACUUUUGCAACGUAAAAUGGAUAUGGAUGUUUUACGUAAAGUUUCGCAUAUUGUAAGACCAAAAUUGAAAGAUCUUGAAGUAACAGAACGUAUAAUAUUACAUGCUGGUAAUGUGGGUAUAAUCAAAGUCGUGGGUGAAUAUUUAAGAAGUCCUCAGCAGGUGUUGCAAAAAAUUGCAAGCCUCAGGCAAACUUAUCUGCCACAACGCUCGAAACGUUCCGAUAAUCAGGGACCCUUCAAUAUAACUUUAGAAAUUUCAAAUCGUGUUAAAGUUCAUAGAAUGAAAGUUAAAAAUUUGAUAUAUUCAGGAGAUGUUAUAGAAGGGUUUUCUUUAAAUCGUUCCAACGCCCAGCAACAAUUCCUUAAUAUUAAACCGAAGGUAAAAACUUACAAUUUAAAUACCUCCGAACUGUUGCUGCCACAAAAUGCGCGCGAUACACGUCAACAUUCCAUACCCGAUUUAUUUUUCGAUUUAACUCCUAUUAUUCGUGUUAAACAUUUAAAAGUGGACUUCAUUAAUGGUGUUCCUUGGAAUAAAUUUUAUAAUUCUUUAUUUUUGAAGAAUCGAGAUAAAUUGAUUCAAGGACGUUUAGUGUUGCAGUCACAAGUAAAUAUUGACCAUUUAAAAGUGACCGUUUUAAAUGGUUUAACUGUUUCGAAUCUUUUCAAUUUGAAACAUCCUCAAGUUAUUCAUUCUGAUCUGGUGAUAUCACGUUUCUUUGUUCACGAUUUGAAGGCGAAAACGGUGAACGGGUUGGUUUUCGAAGAUGACAUUGUUUUCAGUGGCAAUGAUACGUUUAUUCAGAGUAAAAUGUAUCAUUUGAGUGUUUCUGGAGAUCCUUAUAUUGUCAGAUAAAUACAAAAGUUUGAGCGACUUGCGAUCAAUCCGUAUGAAAUAGAAUUCAAACAAUUUUACAACAAUAAAGUCAUAAUCAAUGGUAGUUUGAUAGUAAAUAUCGAGGAGAGAAAACAUAAUAAAACUAAAAUCUUAUUGGGGGAAGAGGUAGACGAUGAGCAAGAAAUUAAGAAAAAAAUAUCUCUUAAAAGAGAAAAUCAGGUAAUAUAAUACAAAAACUAUUUCAUCAGACUUUAACAAAUCAAUAUAAUAAAUAAUUUUAAAGAAUUUCAGUUUCCCCAUAAUAUUGAUGAGGCCAAAGUGACGGCCCCCUAUUUGGAAAGUAGCUAUUUAAAUGAUCACAAAACCGAGCAACAUAUGUUGGUGGAUAAAGUGCAAAAUGAAAAACCUUUAUUAGUCGUAUUCAUGAAUGCCCAUGUGCGGGGAGAUGUUAUAUGUCGUGAUUAUAAAUCUAAACUAGCGGAAAUUAAGGAAAAUAUUAUACAUCCUGGAGAUAAGGUUAAUAUAACUGGUAUAAAACAAUUUGAGGCACCCAUAACGGUUAUUGAAUUACAAGCUUUGUCCAUUAAUAAGAAAUCAGUUAAAGAUUUUGUAUUCAAAACGCGGUUAAAUGAUGGCCAAACUUUGGAAUUUAAAGAUCAGAAAUCUUUUAUUAAGAUUAAGGUGAAAAAUUCUUCUUAUGUGGAACAAGAAUUACAGGCUUCUUAUUUGAAUAAUUUGCCCUUGGAAGAUUUACUCAACCAUGAUUAUUAUAUGGAUCGUUUGUAUGUGCCGCAUAUGGUGGAGACAUCCAAUAUAGUUUUCCAUAAAAUUAAUGGUAUACCGUUUGAUACCUUUUUCACUAAACUUAAUGUUAAGGAAGAACGUUUGGUAUUGCAUAAGGAUCUCAUAGUUGAAGGUAAUGUGCAGUUUGCAGAGGCAGUGGAAUUGGAACAUAUUAAUGGCGUAUAUUGGAAUGAUUAUGUGGAAAAUUUAGUGCGCAUUAAUGAGAAUGCCGAUAUAGAAGGGGAAGUGUGUUUCCAGGACGAUUUAACUAUAACUAAAGAAUUUGAAACUUUAGAUAUCAAUGGUUCAGAUUUGGAAAUAAUUUUGAAAAAUGUUCUCAUGAAAUCCAAACCUCAAUUGAUAACGGGAUUUUAUCAUUUCGAUAAUAUGAAUGUUUCGAAUAUGGAUGUUUUGCGUAUAAAUAAUGUUGAUGUUUUGGAUUUUAUAGAUUUAAGGAAAAAUCUUACCGAAAUUGAGGGUGAUAUUAUAGUUGAUCAAUUAAAUAUUGGGGGAAAUUUACAGGGUUAUUUAGAGAAUUACGACAAAUUAUUAUAUGUAACAGAAAAGGUUAAAGAGUUGUCCUUUAAAUCCUGGAAAAAUUUAUAUGUUUUAAAUAAUGCCAGCUGGCCCUUAACGGUUGGCGAUAAUAGCCAACAGGAACUAUUGAAAUAUUUUUAUAAAACGGCUGUAAAAUCUAAACAAGAUCAGACCAUAACGGGCAAUGUUAAGAUGUCUAAACCUUUAAUCAGAAAAAUGCAAACCCGUUUAAAAUUUCCUCCCCAUAUAGAUAUUGAUUUUAUACAGCAAGAUGGUUUGCUUAAGAAUUCCUCUUUAAGGCAGUUUAUAAAAGGGGAAAAGGUGUUCCUUAAACCUCUAUAUCUGGAAAAUCUAGAAGCUAAAGAUUAUUUCUAUGUCAAAUUAUUAAAUAACAUUGAUAUUUUACGUUUUAAUCACUCACUAUAUCGUUUAAACAGUCAACAGCCUUUAUUGGGUCCCCUGAAGUUCUUAAAACCUCUGAGCAUAGGUCAUUUACAGGUUAACGGUUUAAUUAAUGGUUUAAAUUCUUCCUUUAUAUAUCAGUUAAAGCCUAAUACCUCGCUGCCUAGUAUAAAACUUCAGGAAUUGUCAAUAGAUAAUAAUUUGCAUAUCAAAAAUAUUAAUGAUAUGAGUUUGGAGUACUUUCUAGAUAACCGCUUAACCCUUAAAGGUCCGGCCCUAGAACAUUUUGGUGUUUUAACCUUUGAACAUUUAAUUAUCGAAAAAGAAGCCUUAAUGCAAACUAUCAAUGGCAUAUCAAUCGAUAAUUUAGUAUUCAAACACAGUUCCUAUUUACAAACCAUAACGGGCCACAAAACCGUAGAAAAAUCUUUAGAACUGGCGGGUCCAGCACAUAUAAUGCGCAUUAAUGAUAAAGAUUUAAUGGAUUUAUAUCGUAACUCCCUGAUGAAAGAACAAAACUAUCAAUUCGAAAAUUUAGUAAUCGAUCAAGCAACAUUUGCCAAAGGUUUACAAGUGGUAAGAAAUCUAAACUCAAAUUUCCAACAAAGAUCAUUUUCCGACAACGUGGAUAUACCGGGAAAAAAUAAAGAAGAAUUUCUUAGAUUCUUAAAGGAAUUUAAAGGAAAUAUAACAACAUCAGCAAAAGAUAUUAUAUAUUUGGAUUAUGAUUUAAAUACUUCUGUAAAAUGGCAAGAUAAUCCGAGAUUUAUAGCCAACAAAUCGGUACUCUAUGAAUUAUCACGUCUUUCCUGUUGUGAAAAGGAAUAUUUACAAAUUUUGCCUCAGAAAAACCAAAUUUAUUUACAAAAUAUAACCACAAAUCGUUUAAGCCUAAGCUCGAAUAAAAUUUCAGUUAAAGUUGAAAACUAUUGUAAGUUCCAACAUCGUAAAGUUAAAUCAAAAGUUACCAUAAGUGGUCAUAAAUUACUGAAAGUAUUUGGUAUGAAACGUCAUAUAGAAACCAUUUAUACUUUCGAUCACAUUAACUCUUCAGAUCAAUUUGUUUUACUUCAUGCUUUAGAUUGGCCCUCUUUAAAACGCAAUGAAGUGAGAAUAUUUAAAAUUUCUAUACAAAAUAAUACCAUUAACGAUUGGCAAGGUUUAACACAAAAUAUCGGAGAACAAUUAAAAUCUUAUAAAUUUCCUAAUUUACACAUUCUCAUCACUAAUGGCUUAAUUGAACAUCAUCCGGCUUUAACAAUUUAUCAUUUUAACUUUGCUAGUCAGCUAUUUAAAUUACAACAAAUUAUCGAUGGUGAUUAUGAUAUAAUGGAAAUGAUCGAAUUACCCAACAUGGCCUCUACGAAACAGUUGAUCUUAACCUGUUCCAAAUGUCAACGUAUAUUUAUAUAUGAAUUUAAUUCUCGUUCUGUAAAAUAUGAAAUAUUCCAAAUUAUUUCUUUAAAAUCAUAUAUCGAUAAAUUGGUUAUAUUUCCUUUGCGCCAGGAUUACUAUAUGUUGGUUUUAUCGCAAAAGGAUUCAAAUGUUUAUAAUAUUUAUAAAUAUUCUUAUAUUCAGGGUUGGCGUCAUUUAACUUUUGGCUAUUUUCCAAAUUUACAAAUGUCUAUACCUUUAAUGGAAUUUUGGAAUAGAGAUAAUAGUUUAAUUUUAUCGAAUGGUUCAGAUGGUAUACCUUUAAUUAUUCUUUGUAAUUUAGAAGAUUGUUAUUUGGUUAAAGCUAUUGUUUAAUCGAUUUAGUAAUCGGUUUUUGAGUAAGAACUUAAAUGUUUAAGUUAAUUUUAUGUAAAUAUUAAAUUUGUAAAUAAAGUUUUGUAUAUACAUUAUUGUAGAUCCCAUCUAUCAAGCAUCAUCUGGCGUUCUAUGGGAUCAAAUUUGUACAACAUAUACUAGAAAUUUGUCUCAAUCGGACCCAGAAUAUAUAUUUUUUUGAAGGUCUACAGAAAAUAUAUAAAUGGAAUCUCAAAAUCAGUACAUAUUUGCAUGAUCCUUGAAAUAGGUUUAUUAUUAAUCGCACCAAGUAAUAUCUCAACACCUUUAAAACGUUUGAAAGCCUUUCUAAAACAAACAUCUUUUAAAUAUUCCAUUAAGCAAAUACUUUUUUAAGCCUUAAAUUUAUCUAAUCAAAUAUGGGUCAAGUCAAAUACCCAGCGAAGUUUCCAGAUGUUUUCUUGUAUUACCAUUUACUUAGAAAAAAACUGAAUUGCGGAUAAGCGUGCUAUUCCUAAGACCACAAACUUAAUAAUAAUUUCGUGAGUUAUUCACGCCCUUAAAGACUUGACAGUUAAAUAACGCUUCUAAAAUUGUUAUCAAGUUCUUUUUUUUAGAAAAUAAAGUGGGAGUAAACAUAACGACAGAAUAGAGUAUUUUGGAAGAAAAUGGUAUUUGAAUUGGAAAUAUAAGAAAACAACAAUAUUAUUAUGAUUGCAUGUCAUUUACAUACGGAUGUAAUCUAUGUAAGUACAUAUAAACAAUUGUAAUAGCAAAAGUCAAC